CUCGCGUGACGCGUGACUAAUGAAGACCAAAAUGGCGACCUAAAACUAGCAAAAAUGAGUUCAACUCGAAUUUGGUUGAAAAUACUAAAUGGACUUACGUUAUAAUUAAAUCCAGUGACAAUUUUGAUAAUGCAUGAUCGUCAGAUAAUUAGUUAAAUCCGUAAAGAUGCAAGAAUCCGACUCGGAGCUUGAGAAAGCUUUGGUAGAACUGAAGACACUUCAGUCCAUGAUUGACAAUAUUGAACAACAUUUAAAAGGUUUACGAACUCAGUGUGCCCCAAACGAUGAAUUUACUCAAAAGGAAAUUAGAGUAACAGAGGGUAAAUUGGUGUUAUAUGUAAGCAAGCAGAUCAUAAUAAAAAACAAGUUCACGACUGAAGACAAUGUGCAUGACUUUCCAAAUACACAGCAAUGGUUGGCCUGUGUAGGACUGCCACAAACGACCAUUAAGGCCCUGAUGCAGGAGGAUGAGAACCUGACUAUAUACUCCUUGCUGGAGCUGUCAGAGUCGGACAUUAAUACACUGCUUCACAAGUAUAAGGCUACAAGUGAAGAUGCUCGCAGACUUAAUCUUGCGCUUUGCAAUUUGAAAAUUGCUACAGCUCAGCUGAGUUUGAAACUGAGCGAGAGUUACAAGGAGGGAAGCAGCACUUCUGGAGACAGUGACGUGGAGCUACAUUGGACCAACCCUGAUGCCACGGUGGCCUACGGGGACUUCCCAGUGAGACGCAGCCCUAGGCCUUCCACUUCCUCGCUGUCAUCGUCCGACAACUCCACAACGACAAGCGCCCCCGCCCAGACCCAGAGCACGCCCCCCUCCCCUGUGCCCCACCACCAUCAUACACAUAACGAGCGAAUGAGAUCAGUCGGUAGCUACACGCCACCGCCCACACCGCCACUGGUACGAACACCAAAGACUAAAUAUCCAAUCACACCUCCACCAAAGAAAAAGAACCUCCUGUUUCCCGAGUACCCCACCAUCAGCCGCAGCAAGUCACAGGAGUCCCAGCUGGCUCACAGAGUGCAUGACAUUGAUCCUGUCAGAUCUGGCAAAAAGAAGCAAGUGAAAGACUUGAAUCUUGGAAGUAACACUUACGUGAACCUUGGUGGCAGUCAUGAUAUUUUGAAUUUCCGGCGCCACUCUAACGAGCAGGAUGCCAGCAGUCGAGGUCCCUCUGGGCCUGCAUCGCCAAUCAUCACCUCACCCAUUCAUUCACCACACUUUACAGGGGCAUUAGCAGAUGGAACAUUAGGAGGUCCUCAUGCAAUGAUGAAGCAUCAUAUUAAUCAUAGAUACAUUAACAAGUUAUUAAUAGGAAGCACCUGUGAUGUCUGUUAUAAGAGUAUAUUCCGUGGAAAAUAUUGUAAACAUUGCAAGUUUAAGUGCCACAGAGACUGUGCCAAUAAAGAGUCACCGAGUUGUGGACUGUCAAAGGAACUCGUAGAUGUAGUUAUGAAAAAUAUUUUUGUUGAUGGUGCCAACCCACGUCAGACCCCCACGCCCCACCUCCUGCCCCAGGGCACACCGGAGCUACUGCGGCCCACACGCUCCGUGCCUGCAUUCCAGGUCCCAGACUCGAGCUCUGCCUCUUCCUCGAACUCUUCGACACAUUCCUCCCCCCUGCCUACUGGGUUGUCAUCAGGCACCAUUACCUCCCCAUCUCCAUAUGCUUCCCCAAACAUUCAACGGUCUUUCCGCUUCCCAGACAUAUCUGAAAGCUCUAUGGAUGUCACCCAGACUGAGCCAGUAAUUUCCUCUGGCUGGGAUAGAGAUUUAGAUGUAGUUAGUACCAAUACUUCCAAUGACAGUGAUAAAACAAUAAUAGAUAGUACGAUGUCCGAGGUGACCUUGCUUGACCGUGAGGACUCGGUGGACAGCCAGGAUGAUGAAGGUCACAUGCUGGGCAGGGUGGGCAGUAUUUCAGUAGCAUUAAAAGAAUGGGACAUUCCAUUUGAAGAACUAAUUAGAGAAGAUUAUAUAGGUACAGGCAGAUUUGGAAAAGUAUACAAGGGCCAAUGGCAUGGUGAUGUAGCCAUUAAAAUGUUGAAUAUGGACCCAAACACGGACAAUGCUGCACAGUUAUCUGCCUUCAAAGUUGAGGUUGCAAACCUGAGGAAGACUCGGCAUGAAAACCUUGUGUUGUUCAUGGGGGCCUGUAUGAAACCGCCACAUUUAGCAAUUGUCACCAGUUUGUGUCGAGGGAGCUCAUUGUUCACCCUGCUGCAUGUAAGAAAGGAGAAGUUCAACAUGAGCAAGGCCAUCAUCAUAGCCCAGCAGGUGUCACAGGGAAUGGGCUAUCUACAUGCAAAAGGCAUUGUGCACAAGGACUUGAAAACCAAAAACAUCUUCUUUGACAAAGAUAAGGUUGUCAUAACGGACUUUGGACUGUUCAAUGUUACCAAGUUGUGCCAUGCCAGCAGGCACGCAGAUCGCCUGCAGAUCCCUCCAGGUUGGCUGUGCUAUCUCUCCCCAGAGAUCAUCAAGGCUCUGCAGGCUGGGGCAGCCUACGCAAACAAUGACUUGCCCUUCAGUACAAUGUCAGAUGUUUAUGCAUUUGGAACUGUAUGGUAUGAGUUGCUGAAUGGUCACUGGCCAUUUGAGGAUCAGCCCGCAGAGAGCAUUAUAUGGCAGGUCGGUCAUGGGAUCAAACCUUCAUUUGGCCUUAUACGAGGAUCCAAGGAUGUGAAGGACAUGCUCUUGUUGUGUUGGAACUACAAAUGUGAAGACAGACCCAGUUUUGGCAACUUGCUCAAAAUCAUGGAACGUUUACCACGAAAACCUUUCACGAGAAGCCCUUCCCAUCCCAUACACCUUCUCUCGCGUAGCGCAGACUCGCUUCUUACCUCCUGAUACCUGCCUGAUGUUGCAUUUGAAUGUAUUGAGCAAUGUUGUGCCAACAUGGGUAUUAUGCCAGACGUUGGGAGCAUUAACACCUCAUUGCGCGAAUUUCGCAUAACCACAGACUGGUCUUAAAUUGCCCUGUCUGCUUAUGAGGAUAGGUAAUAAUGUGACCCGGUAGCUCCAGACCUGACUGGACAUGCACAGGCUGGUUUGGAGCUAUGAGGGUGCCAUGUGGCAUAAGACCCGUUUUUGCAUGAAGAGGAUCAGUUGAUCCCGUAAUUGUGAUUUUAGAUUUGCAAUAUUCACAAUGAUAUAGUAAUGGUUGUUUUUUUUAUUAUUUAUUUAUUCAUCACCUCUUGUUGUUCAGAAGUGUACAGUGUUGAACGACUUACACAACUAGAUUGCCAUGAUAAUAUAAUACGCUGAUAUAAGUCUAAAAUCUUGAUAUAUGUAUCUUUUUUGUAAAAGUGCGUUCCAAAUAAUUCAUAUGCACAAUGCAAUUUACCUUAACACCUAUUAGUUCAUUUGAAGUACUGGUAAUUGUUGUCUAUGAUCACCAGUGGAGUCGCGUUCUGAGAAAAUUGGUCUAAAUUCAUGUGCGUAAUGUGUCGUCACAGAUUAGUCUAAGCGGAUUGCACAUGCUUAUCUGGGACGACACUUUACGCACAUGCAUUACGCCCAGUUUUCUCAGAACAUUACUCAUCGGAUUCAAAACCUCAAUUAUCUACAGAAACCUACAAAUUUUUGUUUUUUAAUUUUAUGUUUUUUUACGCCAAAUGUUAACAUUUAAAUGAAUUUCUAGUGGAGAAUGGUCCAAGAAUACUAACGUUAUGAGCCUCGUGGCAUUUCCAUUUAACAAAAGGUAGAGUCCCUAAACUGUUCCGAUAACAUUAUGUAUUUGGUAACCAAUAUUAAAUAGUUGCAUGGGAAUAAUGUUUGCCGGUUGUGAAAACUGUUAAUUCCCAAUAAACUACAGGAAACCAUAAAAUAAAAGCAUAUAUUGGUAGGGCUACAAUAUAAUUUAGUGCUGUAUUGAUCUUGUUUACAGGAAAGGCUUUAGAGGCUUUAUUAUAUAAUCAUGAGUUGUAAUCAACAUACAGGUAGAUAUGAAAUACAUUUCAUGAGCUAGAACUGCAAGCGUAUCAUUCCUUUUAACCCUUACAGUGCGGGAACCGAGUUGUGAAGGCCUUUGCAAACAGUUUGGAUCCAGAUGAGACGCCACAAAACGUGGCGUCUCAUCUGGAUCCAAACUGUUUGCUAUUCUGAUAGUAUUCUUUGAAAAAAAAUCGAAGAAAAUGCUAAUUUUAGAAAUUUAGCAGACGACAUUUUAGCAGACGACAAAUUUCCCAGCAUGCAAAGGGUUAAAAUGUUGCAAUCGUUUUGCUUCCAUAUGAAAUAUACAUUCAUGUUCUUCCUUCAUUUGACGUCACAUAGACCCUUUACAUAUUUGUGAAGAAUUGCCAUCACUUCUUGUGUUAGAAAUUGAUACUUAAGUUCAGGGCUAUAAGUAUUUCAAUAAAGUAAUUAGCCAACUGAGCACACUUUGGUUUUAAAGGGGCCUUUUCAUAGAUUUUGGCAUGAAAUUUGUCAUUAAAUGCUUUAUAUUGAUAAAAGUAAACAUCAGAUCUAAAAAGCUCUAGUUAAAAACAAGAAUCAAAUUUAAAAAAGAAAAAGAAAUCCUCACCUGUGCUCGAACGUCUGACCCCUGGAGUAAAAGUCUAAUGCUUCGACCACUCGACCAUCCGUGCUCAUGCCAUGAUUGUUGAAUUUCAUACUUUAUAUAAUCAAUCCUCUUAGUGUCACACAAUUUAACGAUAACAACAAAACUUUCCAAAUUAUUAAAUCGUUUCUCAUUGCGACCUUUUAUAAUUUUCAGGUUUUUAAAAUCGUCAAAAGAUGCAUGUAAUAGAUAUUUGAGAGCAUGGUAAAUGUUCAGUAUUAUUAUUUCCUCGCAAAUAUCAUAACUAAAACAAACAUUUAAGAAUCUGAAACAAAUAUUUUAUUUUGUCAAUGAACCAAAACGUGAAAAGAUCCCUUUAAUAUUGCCAUAUUCGUUAACUAAACAAGGGUGGUUUUGUUCAUUCAACAAACCAUAAAUAAAGAAUGUUAUAACUGUGUCAUUUUCAAAGGAGAGGUUCAAACAAUGUCAAAACAAAUCCAUGUCUAUUAUUAUCCCAGCCGAAAAAUAUUCGGAGGGGAUAUAGUAAUUGGUCCUGUCCGUCCGGCUGAAACUUUGUCCGGAGCAUAACUCCAAAUCUAUUCAAUGGAUUUACUUUAAACUUAGAAUAUAAACAGAUUGCAACUAGGAGAAGUGCAGUGACCAAGAACCAUAACUCUAUCUACCUUAGUUUUUGAAUUAUCUCCCCUUUUAUAUAACUUUAAAGUAAAUUUUUGUCCGGAGCAUAACUCUUAAUAUACUAAAGGGAUUUACUUGAAACUUGAAAUAUAAACAGAUGGCAACUAGGAGAAGUGCAGUGACCAAGAACCACAACUCUAUCUACCUUAGUUUUUGAAUUAUCUCCCCUUUUAUAUAAUUUUAAAGUAAAUUGUCCGGAGCAUAUCUCUAAAUCUACUGAAGGGAUUUACUUGAAACUUGAAAUAUAAACAGAUGGCAAGUAGGAAAAGUGCAGUGACUAAGAACCAUAAUUCUAUCUACCUUAGUUUUUGAAUUAUCUCCCCUUUUAUAUAAUUUUAAAGUAAAUUUUUGUCCGGAGCAUAACUCUAAAUCUACUGAAGGGAUUUACUUGAAACUUAAACAGAUUGCAAGUAGGAGAAGUGCUGUGACUAAGAAACAUAACUCUAUCUACCUUAGUGUUUGAAUUAUAUCCCUUUUUUUAAUUUCAAAGUAAAUUUUUGUCCGGAGCUUCAUGAAUUUCUCUUUAUUUGUUUUUACAAAUAUUAUUCUACUCUCUGAAACAAAUGUUGUCAUACAAGCAAACAUAUUUCGGCGGGGAUUUGGCACUACUGUGACAAGCUCUUGUUAUACUGCAAUGUUGUCCAUUUUGAUAAUAUAGCAUUUCCAUACAAAAUGGUUAGUUAUUAAAUGAGUUGUAUUUUAUGUAAUAUUGUGCUUCAAAUAAGCAACAUUUGUUGCUUUAUUAUUUAAGAAAAAGACAUGCUAAAGACAAGAAUGUUUGUUGAUUAAUACGCAUCAGCAAUUGUUCAUUUUACCUUAAGAACCAUGCGCCAUUUUGUCGCAAAUAACUUUGAAGAGCUCGUUUAGCCUUAUCCUUUUUUAUGCUCCCCCAAAAUUUUUGGAGGGAGCAUAUAGUCGCCGCUUCGUCUGUCCGUGUGUGUGUGUCCGUCUGUCUGUGCACAAUAUUUGUCUGGGCUAUUUCUCAGCAAUUAAUGACCGGAAUUCAAUUAAACUUUAUGGGAAGCUUCACUACCAAGAGGACAUGUGCAUAUAAUCAGCCGGUUCUGGUCGGAUGAUUUUUCACAGAGUUAUGGCUCUUUGAAAUUUUCUUUAAACUGUACAUAUAGUACAAUUCGUGUCCCCCCAACUACUAGACUUCCUUUUAUCUGAAUAUAAAGUGCAAUAUUGUGACAAAAAAAACCUUUGGGGAGCAUCACCCGUCUCCGACGGUUUCUUGUUUUAUUACAGUAAUCCGAGAAUUGUGUAAGCAGGAAUAAUAAGCGGUUAUAGAAAUUUGUUUACAUUGUAUCACAAUUAUGUCAAACAUAACUGAGACUCCAUAUGUGAAAUAUUGUUCAUUAAACAAUGGUUAUUUUUGCUAUUUUCAUUUUCCUGGAAAUACAUCAGUUUGAUAAAAUUAUACACAAUGUGGCCUAUUUUUAUUUCCAUACAAACCACUAGAUAUGGAAAUUAAAACAAUAAUAUGACUAUUUUACUUUUUGAUGACCGACAAUAUGACUAUUUUACUUUUUUGAUGACCUCAUUAAUAAAGCGAUUCUAUUUGAUGUCAUUUUUAAUUGGUCAAUAGGGAAAACAUGUCAAAGUUUUGCAUGAAUGUAAACUAUGUCAUUCCAUGGCAAUGAAAGCUGAAACUCAAAUGGUGAUUCAAAUGCCAGCAUGGUCUGUUGUGGCCUUGAGUGUUAAAAUAGUAUUUUUCUUCAUUUCAUCUGUGUAUAAACUGUCUUAAAUAACUCCGCCUAAUUCAAACCUAACCAUUAAUGCAUAUUAGGCAUAAUUUUCUGUAUUAUUCAUAUACUGAUAUCAUUCGCAAGAAAUGUUAUUUAAUCAAUCCUAGAUGAAAAUACCUUCAAUGCAUUGUAAUAUGGACAUAAUUUUUGCUUUUUAUAUAGCAUAUUAUUUUUUGUUUGUGUCAACAUUGGAACCAAUGUUACUCCGCAAUAAAUAAAUGAGUAGCAAUAAGCUGUAGACCAGGUGUCAGCUAAUGGCUUUCAGUGAUGAAAUGUUGAGUCCACCUAUCUCACUAUGUUACAUUUUGACAGCCAUUAUUACUUUAUUGGUAAUUGGGAGCCCCUAAAAGCAUUCCCAGCUAUACAACAAAGUAUGUUGUCAUAUCAUUUUAUCCUUUUCGACCUAAUAUUCCUCAACUCUAAUUCAGAAUGCUUUCAAGUAUUUUAAUCAAUACAAAAAAGGGCUCACUUGUUAGAUGGGAAAUCAAAUGAAACCAUGUGUCAGUUAAAAUCAAAAGAACAUAUUUAGUUAAUAUUUGUUUACAAUUUUGAACACUUAAAACACAAUUUUUUACCAGUGAAGUUGACUGUGGUUUUUGGACAAUUUAAGGUGUUGGUUAGUUAAAAACAAUAUCAGUUUAUUUAAGUGAUACAUGUUAAUGAAACCACUCGCUGUGGAAACAAUCAUUUACAUUACAAUAUAAAAAUGUGAACUGAUCUGAAGUGAUUAUUGGGGCCUUGUGAAUAUUGGCCCAUGGUGGCUUUUAUGUGUUAUCAAUUCUGUCCGUGGGACAUUAAAUUGUUUUGAAUGUGUUUUGAUUUAUAUCAUUUUGUGAGAGUAUAUUUUGUUAAUUUUGUGUUUUAUCUGUUGUCUGUACAUUAUGCAUACAAAGUUUUAUAAACUUUUAUUUAUGUUUGUGGUUGACUAGAAUAUUUAUAUUGUAUGUUUAUCUUUUUUAUGUGAAGUGUGAAUUGUUUAAUAUACAUGUUUUAUCUUUUACAAUCUUAGGUGCAUAUUAAUUAGGAUUGUUUCAAAAACUUUUUAGAAUUUUAAAGAAAGUGAUUAAAAGUAUAUACAGGUAUAUUUUAUUUCUUUUUGAUAAAAAAAAAAAUUCAACCUGACAAUUGAAUCUUUAAAAUUCAUAAAGUGCCAUACCAAGUGAAAAGUUUGUGUUUAUUUAAUUAAGAAAUUAAUCUGCAUUUAAAGUUAUUCUGUUAUGCUAUUUUCAUGUUCAUGGUAAAUUCAAUCUAAAUGUCUUUCUUGAAGUGGUUAAAAAACGAAAAUAUUUAAUUUUGUGCAUAAAUUAUCUAAAAGACAAGAUACGAUUCUCCAUAUUUAAUACUUAACCUUAAGAAUUGUUGGAAAAAAAUUGUUAGCAUGUUUUUUUCUAAAAAUUGUGUUUCAUACAAAAAUAACAUUUUGUUUAUACUUUCUGAAUUUGUUUUGUGUAAUCAAGUUACACAAAAAAAGAAAUUAUUGUUUUUGUAAUAACGAAUGUUUGUGAAGCACGCAAAUGUCAUGAUAUUGGUGAUAUUUAGGACACAAACUUUUCAUAGCAAAACAAUCCUCUUAUUUAACUCAAGUGAGCCGAGUGGCUGGGCCGGCAAGCUCGGUUGGUUGAGCAGUGGUUAUGGAUGGAUUGCAGGCUUUGUUAGCGGCCCAGCCACAUAAUUUUUGUGAUAAUUGGUUAUGAAAUUAAUUCUAUGGCUAUUCUACCUCUACCUCUGAAUCAAGUAGGCUAGUUGUCACUUAAUGUCAUACGAGCACUUAGUAUUGGUUAAUCAGCUGACCCAGUAGAAGUGGGAUUAGGUAAACCGACUUCCGUUACAUCACUCAAAUACUGUUGAACAUGGUAAAAAUCUAAAGACAUUUACAAACAAAAGUUGUCUUAAUAUUGUUUUUAGAUGUAUGUUUAAUGAUGUAAGAAUACAUUAGGUAGGUAUAACAAGAGAACAGGAUGGAGAGUAGUUGACAAGCAAAUACAGAGGAAUGAUAUCACAACUUGUCACUACUUUUUCUUUAAAAUAACUUAUCGAAGUAACUGUGUAGAAAUUAAGUUGGAUAAAAUUAAUGCUUUUAUUACGUAUCCUAGAUUUUUUUCUCAAACAUUUAACUAGAAAACCAAACAAGUAAAUGUAUUCAUACCAUACUUUGCUAAUGGGUAGCUGCUAGUAUGAGUUUAUGAAUGUGUUUGUUGAUUUUUCAGUCUUUUACUACAUUUGUUUGUGCAAUAUUUAAAUAAUGUACAUAAUAUUAUUUAAAGAAUAAAAUUCCAAAGGAAA